GGAGAGAGAGAGAGUGGGAGAGAGAGAGAGAGAGUGGGAAAGAGAGGGAGAGGGAGAGAGAGUGGGAGAGAGAGAGAGUGGGAAAGAGAGGGAGGGAGAGAGAGAGUAGGAAAGAGAGAGAGAGAGAGAGAGAGAGAGAGAGCAGAAUCAUGUCACUGUUGACGUCGCAUAAUUGCAACCUGCGCGCGCUGGAGUCACUGCUCCACACCGAUCAGAUGAGAUCAGACUGAAGCGGAGAAAGUGCUCUCUCUCUCUCUCUCUUUCUCUCUCUCUCUCUCUCUGUCUCUCUCACUCUCUCUCCCAGACCUGAAUAUCUGCAGCCCGAUUUAUUCUCCCUGGAAUAUUAACCCGAGAUUAACAGCAGAUUGGAGAUGCUGGAAGAGAAGAUGUACUGGAGGUGGAUGGUUCUUUUGUUUCUGCUCGGGAUCAAACCAGAGGUCGCUGUAAUAGCAAGUCCGGAGGUAAACGACACCCAACAGGAGGUCCCUCAUAAUGUAUACAGCGAUGUUGGAUCCACCAGACAGAAGAUCAUGACCGCGCAGUUCGAGUGCUAUCAGAAGAUCAUGAUGGACAACAGCAAUGUCAAAGCUGAUCUAAUGUGUAACCGAACAUGGGACGGGUGGCUGUGCUGGGACGACACGGAUGCUGGUGUCACCGCUCACCAGAAUUGUCCUGACCACUUCCUGGACUUUGAUCCUACAGAAACAGCCUCUAAGAUGUGCAUGGAUAACGGCCAGUGGUUUAUUCAUCCAGUGAGCAACAGGACGUGGACGAAUUUCACCAGAUGUAAUGCGUACAGUACAGAAAGCAGAAUGACCGCAAUAAACCUGCUCUACUUAGCCCUGAUAGGACACGGGCUGUCUCUGGUCUCACUAUUUAUUUCACUCGGGAUAUUUUUCCAUUUUAAGAAUUUGAGCUGCCAGAGAAUCACCCUGCACAAAAACCUCUUCUUUUCCUUUAUCUUGAACUCUAUUAUCACCAUCAUCUGGUUAACGGGCGUGGCCAGUAACCAGGAACUAGUGCAGAGGAAUCCGACCAGCUGUAAAGUUUCUCAGUUUGUCCAUCUCUAUCUGUUCGGGUGUAACUACUUUUGGAUGCUGUGUGAAGGAAUUUACCUCCACACGCUCAUCGUCGUAGCCGUAUUUGCCCAAAAACAGCAUUUAAUGUGGUACUAUCUUCUCGGAUGGGGUUUCCCGCUGUUACCGACUACAAUACACGCCAUAGCCAGAAGUUAUUAUUAUGAUGACAAUUGCUGGAUCAGUUCAAACACGUCUCUGCUGUACAUCAUCCACGGGCCGAUCUGUGCCGCGCUGUUGGUCAAUCUCUUUUUCCUGCUCAACAUCGUGCGUGUCCUCAUCACCAAGCUGAAGGUGACGCACCAGGCCGAGUCGAGUCUGUACAUGAAGGCGGUGCGUGCCACUCUUAUUCUCGUCCCCCUGUUGGGAAUCCAGUUCGUCCUCCUGCCCUAUAAACCUGCGGGACGUGUCUUAUCCGAGAUCUACGACUACGUCAUGAACAUCUUAAUGCAUUAUCAGGGUCUUCUGGUGGCCACCAUCUUCUGCUUCUUUAAUGGAGAGGUACAGAGUGUGUUACGGAGAAACUGGAAUCAGUAUCGUUUGCAGUUUGGCAACGCGAUGGCUAACGCCGAGGCACUCAGAUCGACGUCCUACACGGCCUCGUCCAUCACCGAGGUGCAGGGCUGCUACAGCAUCGACGGCCACAGCGAACACUUAAACGGCAAGAGCUGCCUCGAUGCUGAGAAAUCCGAGAACUCCUUCAACUGAACACGUCGCCGAUCGCGGAAGGACGGUCACAUGACUGUCGAGAAGGUCACAUGACUGCGUCUACCCAGAGUUCUCUGCCGACGCACGACGCAGGGAUUUUACGAAGGGACGUUUACUGCUCUCACACUGCCUUAUUAUCUAACACAGUGCUUGCUAAAUGGACACUCUCUACGAAAACGACACAAAUUAAAUGGUGACACUUUAAGAGAUGCAUAAAUAAUUUAGUCAUUGACCAUCCGUAAUGAAAAAUAUGAAGCCUUCUAACCAUAGAAACUACAGAACAGUAAC